GCGAAAUCCAUGAGUCAAACGGCGUGGACGACGACCUAAAUACUAGACUGUGAGUUGGAGGUUAGGAUUUGGGGAUAUAAAAGCUCGAAUUGCUCGGUAUUCUCCCAUCAAAUUCAACAAUAGACAUCGACAUCCACAUCGAGAUGGCCAAGGUUACCGCUUUCCCGCCUCUGGUACCCUUUCCGGAAGCGGCAUGGAGAGAACAUAUUGUACCUGAGGAAUGGGAAGCUUGCUUGGAUGCUUGGUUAGCUCUCGCUGGGGCUCAUCUUUCGUUGUCGAAUGCAGACUUUGCCCGGGUCUCCGCCAAGGACGAAUCUUUACCAGCUUUCCUAACCUCCUAUGCUGAGCAAACGGGCUUGUCACAUGACAAAACUCCAUCGGGGAACGUUCAUAAGACAAGACAACUACGCAAGCAAAGCUUCUUAUUAUCUCACAGACUGCUGAAUACGGAUCAUCCACCAGGCCCACUGCUUCGUUGGGAAUUUCUGGCAGACUUGAGCAAGAUAUAUGGCAAGGAUCAUGGCAACAAAGUUGUCACACUGGUCUGGAAACAGCAUUUGCCCUCCUUGGAACCCUCUUUGGCCGCCCUCAAGACCUCUUUGAUUAAAGAACUGGACACUGGUUUGAAAGGUGAUUUGAAGACAGCAGAGUCAGAACUUAAACGGCUAAACCACCUGCUUCAUUCUUCCCCUGAAGUAGCUGCGUUCUUCAUGGCUGGAAGCGACUUUGUGGACUCUCUCAUCAGCUGCUAUAAGCUCAUGAACCCACCAUUACGAAAGGCUAUUAUCUCGACGCUCUAUCUCUGCUUAAUUGGACUUACGGAAGGGGAGAAACCAAACUUCUCUGCUCUGGUCGAUCAGCUUUACUCACUGAAAGCUGCAGCUGAAGCUCAUAAGGCCGGGCCUACGAACGUCAAUGACUCGCUCGUUGCUGAGCUGGUCACCGAGACUCCUAUUCUAAAACAAGUUCACCAGAUAAUUGAAACAAGUGGUUCAGGAUCUAGUAGAGCAAAGUCUGUUCUUACUUCUCUUGCAGAUUUUCGAAAAGCAGGUGGUAGUUCAAGACCACAGCGUCUCAUUAAGAGGAAGAUCAAUAAAGGAAAGGGAGUUGCUUUUGAGGUUGAUGGUUAUACAUCAGUUCAUGUGCACCGCAUGAGCUUGGUUUCACAGGUUCAGGAUCUCUUCCCAGAUCUUGGUUCUAGCUUUGUGGUGAAGUUGUUGGAUGAGUAUGGCGAUGAUGUGGAGCAAGUGAUCUCGCACCUCUUAGAAGGAUCAUUACCUGCGCAUCUCGAGAGUGCUGAUCGGUCAGCGGAACUGCCUUCUCCCAGUCAGCUCACAGGGGAUCCCGCCCCUAACCUGGCACCACAUUCAACACCACCCCAACUACCAACCCGCCACAACAUCUUCGAUGACGAUGACUUCGACCAACUAGCAAUAGACACCUCUAAGCUCCACUUCGGUCAGCGGAAUCCCGAAAAGACAGCGGAUGACAUCCUGAGAGACCGAUCCACCGCCCCAAAUAAAGCAGCCAUCCUCUCUGCCCUCGCAGCAUUCGAUUCCGACGACGACGAGAGAGACGACACCUACGACGUUGCAGACGUAGGAGGAACCGUUGACUCAGCUGCUCCGGGCAAUAAUCCAGAGGAAGAUAAAACAAGCACUGAUGUCCGUGAUGCUCAAGAUGAGGCCCUAUUCCGAGCCUACAGAGCAACACCCAACGUAUUUGAUCGUGAUGCCGCUACUCGCCGAGGCAAGGCUCGGAUGGCACUGAAAGAAGAGAUAGGCAUGACAGAUGAAGCUAUCGAAGGAUGGGGACUGAUGCUCUCCCGCGACGGACGACAAAUGAAGAGACUCGAAGCUAAAUUCUCUACGUUCACGGGGACACAGAAGGAGUUAGCCCCCACGUCUUGGAGAGCUAGUCCUCAGGGAUCUGGAACGGAGGAUUCAGAUGUUGAUGGGAAUAGAAAUGACAGGGGCAGAGGAGGGAGGUUGAGGGGCGCGCCUAGGGAACGGGGAAGAGGGAGAGGCAAUGUGGCAGGCCCGAGUGGGGAGAAGAACACGGAGAUGGCGAGGAGGGGGAAGGAGGCUAAUAAGGGGUCGAGGGCGAAUCAUAAUCGGAGGGAUCAGAGGGCUAGGAAGAUGGCUAGGGGUGGAUUCCCUGGUUAGAGCUCCGGGAAAGGGCUGCAUAGCGGUCAUGAGUUUAUGAAGCAUGAGAGGAUAGAAGACGAAGCAUAUGGGGGUAGAAAAGAAUCAUGUUCGAUGAGCAAUUGGGAGACGUUCACGCUUCAAAUUUGCCCUUUUUCGCAUCGCUGUCCCAAAAAUUCUGUCACAUCAAGAUUUACCUGGAAUCUCAAAUAAACCCCACAGCUUUGGACUGC